CAACAGCAGGGACCAGCUGUGGCACGUGACACUGAGCAUGCGCGCGCGCACUCCAAGCUCCGCCCUGUAGGUGACAUCAUGCUACAUCCUCAGUCGAACCCCACCAAUGCUGAUUCAGAAUUGGUCAGUUCUCGUUCCACUUUCCGCCCCUCAUCACAGCUUCCGUUUCCGGUUUGACGGACGCCUCGGGUGUAAGGAUGAUCGGAGACAUACUGCUGUUCGGGACGCUACUGAUGAACGCCGGAGCUGUGCUUAACUUCAAACUGAAAAAGAAGGACACACAAGGCUUUGGGGAAGAAUCGAAGGAACCCAGCACAGGAGACAACAUCCGAGAGUUUUUGCUAAGCCUGAGGUAUUUCCGGAUCUUCAUCGCACUGUGGAAUGUGUUCAUGAUGCUCUGCAUGAUCGUACUGUUCGGCUCUUGAGUCCUGCGUGGAACCCAGAGCUCACCUGCUGGACAUCAAGGCUCUAUUUCUGUUUCUGAUGACUUCAAGAAUCUUCUCACUGGAAAACCAGGGACCUUCCCAGAAGGCCCAAGCUCAUUUGGGUGGGGAAUGUCCAUUUCCCAGCUCCCUGACCCUCGUCAGCCACAGUGACAAAGUCAGACUUUGUUAGGAGAAAGACCUAGGUCUUUCCCUUGUGCUGGCAUUCCAUCUUCUCCUGGCCCAGCUUCUCCAGAAACCUGACCUGGGCUGUUUCUUGGUUGAAUUGAUGGUGAUUGUUUUGGUUUGAUUUGGGUGUCUUUGUCUGUUUUUUUUUUUUUUUUUUUUAUUGAGACAGGAUUUUUCUGGUUAGCCCUGGCUAUUCUGGAACUCACACACCUGACGGGCCUCAAACUCAUAGAGAUCCACCUGUCUCUGCCUCUCAAGUGCUGGGAUUAAAGGUGUAUGCCACCACUCCUGGCCUUGCACAGAUUGUCCUUAAUUGAUGUGACUCAGGCACCUGCUUGCCAGGCCAGCUAUGACAGUCUAGCAGCCUCUUUUGCACUACCAGGUCUAUGCUGGUGGACCCAACAGUCUGGGGCCAGUGAGGUCUUACUUCCAAACAUUUCCUCCUUCCCCAUAACUGGGUCUACCUGGGGCAGCCAAAGACUGCUCCAACAUUUGGAGGAGCAGGUCCUCCUCCCUUGGGACACCAGCCUCUUCUUUAGACACUAAGCUGUUAGCCAUAACACACUCAGCUUCUCCUGAAGAGGCCUGUGGAAGAGGUGCUAGUGGUGAUGUUAGCAGACACCUCUCUGUGCUUUCAAGCCACUUGUUAAUAAAGUGACUUUGGGGCCACUCCUUUAUUGUUGCUUGUGAUGUUGGCAGCGUACUCUGAAGGUUUGGGUUUCUGGGUCUCUCUUUGAAGGAGGCGAGCGAGCUCGAGCUUGAGGUGCGUGAGGUUCAGAGGCGACUACGCCAUCAGCUCUGAGAUGUGUUCCAUCUAGAGGUGGCCAUGUCCGUCAGUGCUGAGGGACUUUAAUCAGCAUUUGAAAGCUGUAGCAGCUGGCUUGCUUUGGGGCUCUCUUUUUGGAUUGGUUUCUUUCUUUUCUUUUUAAAGAUUGUUCUGUUUUAUAUGUAUGGUAUUCUGCCUGCAUGCGUGUCUGCACACAUGUGGAUGCAGGGCUUGCAGAGGCCAGAAGUCCUCUAAUCUGCAGCUAGAAUUACAGCCAGUUGUGAACUGUCAUGUGAGUGCUGGGUCUUUUGAGAGUGACCUGUGUCCUGAGCCCCUCAUUUUGGCUUAUUUUUAAGACAGCCCCAAACUGUGGCAGAUGACCUUGAACUCCUUAUCUUCUCAGUGAGACAAGAUCCCAAUUGAGUACAACCAUACCAGGUUUUUUUAUUGGCUGGUUGGUUAGUCUUGAGACCAUCUUGAUGGAAUCUGUGCUGGUUGAGAACUUUCCAUUCCCCUGCCUCAGCCUCUUUAGUGUUAGAAUCCCAAGUGUGUACUACCAGCCCUAGUCAUAAUAGCAUUUUACCCCAGGCUUCCCUGGGAACUAUGGGAAAACGCUGGUAAUGUGGGAACUGGGUCAAGUCUAAGUUCAGGCUGCACAGCUGCUGCAGACAUUGUUGAUUGUGUCCUUCACAUCCGCAGCAUGCCUGAGCCUACCCACUUGCCUAGCAUUGUAACAUGCCACUCUGUUGGCUGAUCCCCAGCCUUGGAUAGUUGGGAUGGCUUUCUGCCUUUCUCAGCUUAGGACUGUAGUUUCAGGAAAAAGGGUUCCGUUCAUUCUGGAGAGGAAUUGUGCUGAAAAAGAAUGCUGUCAUAGGGUUUACACUUGGCUGUAGGAUUUACCUCCAGAGAACUAUUAUCUCAUUGUUGAGUUCUGAUAAAGUGUUUUUGGACUAC